GGUUAAGGAGCGCCCUGUUCGAGCUCUUUGACGAUUUCGACAGAGUGCCAAAAUAUGGCUGGCUCAGCGGAUUACACAGUGACUCCGUCACGGUUCCCAGCGACUACUAAAACCGCGUCGACGUCCAUCAAAGGCACCGAAACGACCGCAACAACGGUCUACUUCGCAGACAAGAUCCUGAUUACAGUAACGCAGAACGGACGCCUAGCGCACUGGGUACACGUCCCGCUCGACAUCGCCCCAACCGAUGCCUCUCUGACCUCGAACCCCUACCUCGGCCGCGACGAAGACGAUCCUUCCUCUGAUCUCCUUCCCAUGCACCAUCUCACAGCUACUACCGUAUUGGGUGGCGGGAUGCAGGAGGUCGAUGUGCUCGGUCAGACGCUCGCAACGCAGAUAGCAAGCGCGGUCAAGACAAGCAAUUCGAGGGAAAUGAGGACAGUAGUUUUGGGCUCGGGGCUGGAUAAAAGCAUGAGUGGGAGGGAAGAAUUCAGUGAGGUCGUAGGCUUGGUAUUGGAGGUGCUAUGAUGUAUAAGGACCUUGCAUGGACGGAGUUCAGGUUUAGGCGGGAUCUUCAAAGGAUGUUUAGGGACACGGCGAGGAAUCCGGGCUAAGAGGUGUAUAGGGAGCCCUCCCGGUCAGCGUGGCACGGAACCCCAAUUCGAAAUGGGACAUUAGCCAAUUGUAGAGGAUGUGAAAGUGUCGGGUUUCUAAGCUACAAUCUUAAGAUCUUGAUCACACCUCCAUGGGUGAGCCCAAGCUCCUCCAUAAGUGAAUCAC